AUGCGAAUCAACGUCUCGAACGGACUUGUCUCACCGUCGACUGGGUGGUAUUGGGGCGGGUCGAAGCGGAUGUGUCUGUGCUACUUUUCCCACACGACACUCUUUGCCCGCGUGCCCGCUGGAGUCGUGAACCCAACUGGUCGCUAUACCAAUACCCUAUUCCCCCGUGUACUCCCGCGACUCGAGAUGGCGCGGGAAAGUGAGGAGAGAGAGGCGGCAGAGCUGGGUCUGCUGUCCAGUGAGGAUGAUACAGCAUACAGCACCGAUCUAGACGACCUGGAAGCCGAUAGAAAAUAUGAUCCGAUUAACAACACCGAGCCGGAAUACCAGACGCCAACGACAUUGAAGUUCAUAUGGCUAACAUGCUACUUCGGCUUCAGCAUGGCUCUGACGAUAUACAAUAAAUUCAUUCUGGGAUCCUUCAAAGCACCUUGGCUCCUGACCUGUCUUCACACAUCCUUUAGCGCUCUUGGUACCUUCGUCAUGCUGAAAAUGGGAUACUUCAAGCUGUCCAAGUUGAGUCGCAAGGAGCACAUCAUCUUAGUGGCCUUUUCGGUUCUAUUUACAACCAACAUCGCCAUGUCGAACCUGUCGUUAUCUCUUGUCUCACUGGCCUUUUUCCAAAUUAUUCGCAACACUGUCCCUCUAUUUACCGUUUUGAUCUACCGGCUCUGGUUCUCACGAACGUACACGACAGCCACAUAUUUAUCGUUGAUCCCAAUUGUUGCAGGUGCUGGAAUGUGCACAGCGGGAGAUUAUCAUUACUCUUUGCUAGGACUCAUCAUCACGAUUUCGGGGGUGGUUUUGGCGGCAGUCAAGACUGUUACUACAAACCGCCUCAUGACUGGUUCGCUAGCACUACCAUCCAUGGAGCUCUUGUUCCGAAUGGCGCCUCUCGCCGCAGUCCAGUCUUUUCUGUUCGCGAUCAUAGCAGGGGAGCUGCCUAUUCUUUCACAGGCCAUGUCGGAGCGCACGGCCAACGGAUCGGUCCUCAAUGCCAUUUUCACCAUAGCCUUCAUCCUUGGGAACGGACUCCUUGCCCUCGUACUCAACAUCGCAUCGUUCCAAACAAACAAGAUUGCUGGCGCGCUUACGAUUACGGUGGCGGGAAAUCUGAAACAGGCCGUUACGCUCGCACUAGGAAUCGUCUUAUUCCACGAUUUCGCUAUCAAUCUGCUCAACGGGAUGGGCAUUUUUCUGGUCCUAGCCGGAUGUGCAUUCUUCAGCAAAGUGGAGUUGGAUUCCAAGAAGCGCGCAGCAUCUGCAUAG